CAAGAAAUACAGCUAAGUUUAAUAGUUUCUUGGACAGUGCAGUGCCGGAAAACUGCAAAAUGUGCAAGAAACGGAGAAAAAUGUAAAGGAAUACUAUACUGCCACUAAAAAUUAUAGGCUUUUUUAAGGGAUAUUCAAUGAGCUGGGAAAGUGCACAACAUAUAGAGUAGCAUCUCCCUUUUCUAAAACCAUACAAAAUGUACACAGAAAAGAAAGAAUAAUAGGAAAUCAAUCAAAUGCCACCAAUAGUUAUGGACAGUUAGAUCAUGGAUAAAUUUUCAAAAAUGACAUAUACUGCUUUUAAAGUCAGAUAAAGUAAUAACUAUUAUUUAUAACUAUAAGAAAUAACUUGUGACAGGGAGUGGUUCCCCAGUCUACAUGUUGCACACACAAGAUGAAGCAGAAAGAAAAGUCCUUUCAUAAAUAGCAGGUGGGAAUAGGGAAAAGUACAGAACUGAGCAGUCUGGUGAGAUCCAAUUACUUGGAAACAUGUGAGAAAACUUCUUAUCCCUUGACAUAAAUAACAUCUAUUUAUUUGUUUCUUUAUUUACUUACUUGCUUACUUAUUUACUUAGGUCCCAAAAUAGGCUGAACAAAAUGCAAUUUCAUGCUAUGCUUUGUUGUUCCCUGGAGGCACAGGAUAAAGAAUGGGAGAAAAACGGAAAAGACAGCAAAAACUUGGGAAUGUUCCACGGAUUCCUUGCAUUCGCGUCCCUUCCUCUGCCUUGGAGACUUCUUUACUGAAGGACCUAACCCAAGGGCAGCAGCGCUACUUUUACAGCAUCAUGAGGAUUUACAAUUCCAGGCCCCAGUGGGAGGCCCUGCAGAACCGCUAUAUUCACAGCCUUCGGCACCAGCAGCUGCUUGGCCACAUUACUCAACAGGAAGCUUGGGUUUGUGCUGCUGUGCUUAGAGAUUCAACCAAGAGAGCCUCAGCCAAGGUAGCUCCCCAAAGAUCCAUCUCCCAGAAGCCUUCAGCCAUGACAAGAACAGGGCCGUCAGCACUACCUGUGGUUCAACGCAGGGCUAAAAGUGCAGGGCUUGGCUACCUCAGAAACUGAGGUUUUGCACAAGCUCUGAAACAGGUGCUUUGCCCAUGUACCCCGACAUCUAGUGGGUGCUCAGUACCUAUUUGGUGAAUGAGAAUGGAAAAAAAAAGUAACUUCUAACACAAACCCCAUACCUAGGAAUAAUCUCCCUCCCACUCACAUAAAUUUUACCAGCAAGAACAAGUAGAAGGGUUUAAGAGCAGUGGAGCUAAACGUAAACAAGCCUUUUACUCCUCAUAUAAUGUGUAGAGUGAAAUGACUUCUGAAGCUUUCCAAAUAAAAGCUGCCUUUGAAUUAGAACCUUCCAGAGAAAUCCCAAGAACCGUGAGAGGGAAAAGUCAUCACACGGCGCCGGGUGCCCGGUCCCCGGGUGACUGCUGAAGCCACCCACUGCAGAUUCGGAAAAUACACAAACCAGUACUGAGUUAACAGCGAGCAUGCGGGGUGGGUUUCCAGAGCCUAGCAUCUCAGCAGAAACUGGGCUGUGUAUUUCCAUAUCCUCCUUCCUCUCUUCUUUCCCAUCGAGGAGUAACAUUUAAUUUGGCCCCAAAUCUUCUGGGUCUUGCCUGACUCAAUCCCUUUGUAUCAUCUUGAAACUUGGACUUAUCAACUUGCCACAGCUGGGGUCGUCUACGGAGCUGGAGUUGAUCAUGACACAGGCAAAAGAAUUCGUGCACGCAUCUUUUCCUUGCAGCUGAAGAAACACUCUCAGCAGAACGAGAAAGAGCCCCCAAAGAACUGGUCUCAAGUCUAACCUUUCCGUGGCCUCACUGGUUUUAAGCGAGCACCCAAGACCAGACAAAUAAGCAAAACAAAACAAAAACAAAAAGGAGAUAACAAUGAAUCAAAACAACAUACGGUGGUACAGUGUUAUAUGAGUUACAUUUAAUUGUUAUUUUCAUCACUAGUGAUUUUUUUUUUUUUCUGUCUGGAAAGUUAGACACCAGUGCUCACAUAAAGUAAAAAAUUUAAAAAUGCCUUUACUUCAUCUUUAUGCUAAAUGUUCAACCCCCCUCCCUCAUUUAAAUCAGCCAAUGACUUUGUCAUGCCUGUAAAAGGAGUUGCUUGAGAUGGAAUUAUAGACUUGUUUGACGAGGGAUAUGCUGACAGUGAUCUGGAAGGAAGAUGCUGUACCAUUAGAAGGAAGAAAAAAAAUAAUCCCAUCGAUGAUGAUGAUGACGUUCUCUCUGCAACCAUUCAUAAAGAAUAAAGAAGUUUCUUGACCUCUGCAAA